AUGCAGGUCCCAACAGUUACUUUGGAAGAUCUCCAAGCAUUCCAUGCCCAGCACUUUCCUGGGCAUGAAACUCCAAACGCACCUGCAACUCAGCCUGUGGACAACGAUGAAUAUAACGAAGAGGCCGGUGAAGAGGAGGACCUAGGAUAUUAUCCUGAUGGUGUGAAAAGGACCCUCACCGACGAACAGAUUCGGAUAUUCAGACACAGCGAGAUCCACGCCUUACUGCGAGCCAGUCAGCUCGCGCAAGAUGACGCUGAGUACGAAGCUAGGCGCAACCUUCCCGAGGAAGGGCCAGUAGGCGAAGGUCAGAGUAACAAAGUCCAGGAAACACCCGAAGUGAAGCAAAAGUCCGUGCCCACAUCAAAAAAGCCCAAAAGAGCAGCUGAGCACAUGCACAAUGCUGUGCCGGAACUGGAUUACGAGGAAAAAAAUCAGCCAUCAUCACCUAAGAAAGCUCACAAACAGAGUGAUAACAUCUAUCCCGGUCGAAGGAUUGUCUCUUACAAUGACUGA